AUGUGUGAUCAUAACCUCUAUGACAUGUCUUACUUUGUGUUGGGAGGUGAGGUGAGGGCGGCCGAACAAGUGGUCAGACUUUUAAAUCUCUUUGAUCGCACAUUCCCUCGGCACGGAUUUCUGGCCAAAUCCGCUAAAAAUAAAAAGAAAUUAUUGAGGAGCUCGAGGGCUUUAAAUUGGAAAACUCUCCAAAAGGCAUCGGAGGUGGAGUUUAUGGGCCGAGCACGAUGCACAGAGUAUUGUUCGUAUGUUUGGUCAUCGGCGGUAAGUGCCCGUUUUGAAUUUUCUAAUUUUUGGAUUUAAAUAUUGUCGAAAUUGGGAAAAUAGUGGCAUAUUUGGGAAAAUAUUUUUAUAAGUUAAGAUGAAAUUAACAAAAAAUGUCUUAUAAGUGACAUAAACUUAAAUAGUUACAUAUUUUCACAGCUAAAAUGAUGGCGAAGAUACCAUUAUUAUUAAUUCAAGGUUAAUUUAAGUGUUGUCAGGCAUGGUGUCGGCUUCUGAUGAUGAAGAACGUCUGAUGGUCGACAUAUUUCGUGGCUACAAUUCCCUGAUCCAGCCAGUUAAGAACCUGAACGAUACGCCUAUUAUCGUGAGGAUAGCCUUGCAAUUGGUGUUGUUAAUCAAUGUGGUAAGUAAUCAAUUAAGUAUUUUGAGCUAACAUUUAAUUUUUAAAUAAUAGUAUGAUACGUAUGACAAACAUAUUGAUAAUUCAAAAUUCAGGACGAGAAAGAUCAAAUUAUGCAUACAAAUGUCUGGCUAACUUUGGUAAGUUUUACUAUUUUAAUCUUAAAUUCAAUUUAUUUUUAUAUUUCUUGGCAAAUAUUUUAAGUUUUUAACUGACAUUACUUAUUGUAAUUUAUUUUUUAGAAAUGGAAGGACUUCCAAAUGAAAUGGAACCCUGUAAACUAUGGUGGAAUCAAACAAAUCAGAGUAAACCCUGACAAAGUUUGGCUACCUGAUAUUGUACUAUUUAACAAGUAAGAGCCGUCCCAGUGAUAAAAACCUUAUCGCAUUAUAAUUUUCUGCUAUUUGAAGGACUAUAUCAAAGUAUUACUCAACUACAAGUUUAUUUUCAUUCUUUUCAGUGCUGACGGUAACUACGAAGUGUCAUUUAUGUGUAAUGUUGUGAUAGAGAACAACGGCGACAUGUUGUGGGUACCUCCUGCCAUCUACAAAAGUUCUUGCAUUAUUGGUAUGGUUUUGUAUGCCUCCGUCAUACUUUUUUAAUUUUUAUGAACUUGUUAUUAGUUUACCUUACUAUAGUAAAUUUGAAAGUACAACUAUAUUAGUUUAGACGUGGAGUACUUUCCAUUCGACGAACAGACCUGUCACCUUAUCUUUGGCUCAUGGACAGUAAGUUUAAUAUAGUGAUCAGGGCCGGGCGGGGACUUUUAGUCUGGGGACGGGGGUCGAAAAAAUCGGCAAGGUUUCGAAAUUUUUUUUCUGGGAGGGUAGUGAUUACCUUUCACUUCUUUAGUACAACGAAAACGAGAUCAAGUUGGAAUUUGAACAAGCAGAAUGGAUCGAUCUGUCUGAAUAUGCUCCUAGUUCUAUUUGGGAUGUCAUGGAUGCCCCAGCUUCAUUAGUCACUCACAGAAGUCGAAUCGAGUUCCAAUUGAAGAUACGGUAAGUUACGUCAUGAUUAUCAUCAAAUCUCGUAAAUUAUUGAAGUUUGAAAAAAACACCAAACGUAAUGCAAAUUGUAGGCGUAAAACAUUAUUCUACACGGUCGUACUUAUCAUCCCGACUGUUCUGAUGGCCUUCCUGAGUAUGGCUGUAUUCUUCUUGCCUACAGACUCCGGAGAGAAGAUGACAUUAACCAUCUCCGUGUUGCUGUCUAUUGUCGUAUUUUUACUUCUGGUCUCCAAGAUUCUACCUCCAACUUCAUCUACUAUUCCUCUGAUGGCCAAAUACCUACUGCUCACGUUUGUUCUCAACGUUAUCACUAUCCUUGUCACAGUAAUCAUCAUCAACGUCUAUUUCCGUGGCCCUACAACCCAUCGAAUGCCAAAAUGGGUCAAAGUGGUGUUCUUAAAGGUGAGAUUUUAUUUUAAGUACCACCCUGGUAUGCUCGUUUUUACUCUCAAUAUGUUUAGGUCAUGCCCAGAUUCCUAUGUAUGAAACGGCCAAAACCAGCGAUGCAAAAGAUGAUGAAUAACAAAGAAAUGAGGAAUGGACUCAUGACAUUGCCUGGUAUUGGCGACUUCGCAGUAAAUCCUUCACAUCAUCAUCCCCACUGUCCAUCUUCUGAUAUGCCGAGGUUUGUAAUCUUUACUCUUAUAUUAUCAUUGUCUCACCAAUAACACUAACUUUAGUAAUCGCCCCAAGUACGAAGUGUCCCAUGAAGACCAGAUCAAGAAUCUUGACCCCACAACUGCCGCUUUUUAUCCUCUAACUCCCGACGCCAUUAGAGCCAUUGAUGCUGUAGAAUUCAUCACAGAUCACUUGAAAAAGGACGAAGAAUAUAAAAUGGUAAGAAUACUUCAAAUGCCAUUCCUAAAUUUAAGAAAAGUCAAAUAAUUAAUGUCAUUUUAGCAUCGCGACGACUGGAAAUACGUGGCCAUGGUAAUAGACAGAUUCCUAUUAUACGUAUUCUUUGGCGUGACAUUAGGUGGAACACUAGGUAUUCUUUUAUCAGCUCCAUACGUUUUCCAUUCUGUGGACCAACAGUAUCAGUUGGACAGGCUAACUGCUCUGUACAAAGCCGGUAGACAAGAUUAG